AUGCCUCGCUCGUCUAGCGACAUCCAGACGCCGGUGUCGUCACGACCACCUCCCCUGCGCAUUGACUCUCCCAGCAGUAGCGAGGACAGCUCGCCUGUCAUUACCAUCCCCAAGGCGCGGCAGCAGAGCGGCAACACCCCUUCCACGCCCAUAUUCCAACAGUUUUCCACCAGCCAUGCCAACUCGAGCAACGCCAGCGUCCAGCAGACCUAUCCUCGCCCGGCCGCGCCCCGAUCUGUAACUCAGGGAGCUUCGUCGCCCGUCCUCAAAACGCAUUCGAGGAAACACGCCGCCACGCAAGGCAUGUUUGAGCCAUCCCUGCCAUCCACAAGCACCUCCAACCUCUCCCAAGUCGGCAUGAACCACAACGGCCAGGCCGCGGCCUCUGCGACUGGUGGGCUGUCGGCCAGCCAAAUCGCUGCGCAGGCGGCCGUCAUGUCCCAUCAAAAUAUCCUCCAGUCGCGACAGCGCUCCCAGACAGCCCCAGAGACCGAAGGCGCGAGGAGAGGGAGCGGGAGCAAAGGGCCUAUAAGCCCACCCACUCUGAGCUUCACGGAGGCGAGUGCGCCGCGAGAAUCCGCUUUCAGCGCCCAAGGAGGAGCGCAUCAAGACAGGCUGGGGACCGCAUCGCAGUCUUCGGCUGCUGCUACGGCCGCGGCCAAUGUUGUAUUCCCCCGGUCUAGUAGCAAUUCUCCCAGGGAUCCGUCUGUAUCGCCGCAACCGCAGCCAUUCCCGUCUCUGCCCACCGCGGCCUCCACCUCCACCAUUUCAGAGAAGCCUCUCUCCAAAUCGGAAAAGGCAAAGGCAAAGCUGUUCUCCCGGCCUUCGAAGAUUAGUGCCAAGGACACCAAGGAAAAGGCGUUGCCAAGCCCAGGCAAGAUUGGUUCAGCCUUGUCAGCUCUACAGCGAAGCAACUUUAGCUCGACCAGCCUCGCCGAUCCCAGUGGCCAGUCGUUUUAUGCUCUCAACAACUCGUCGUCGGCAACCAUUCGGCCCAGCGAGACGACUGGAGAGGAAAAAACCAAAGAGAAGGAGAAAAAGCAUCACUUUUUGUCAAGGCAGAAACAGAAGCUCAAAGACGAAUACCACUUGCCCCUCUCAUCGGCUGCUAGUAACUCGAGGCCUACCGAUCCAAAUGCACCAAACAGCCUUUACAACUUCAGCGUUCCCGCCAGUCCAGGCCCUACCACUUCUACUUUUGCAAAGGCCAAGAAGGACAAGAAAAAUGCGGAGAGAUCUGACAGUCGCAUGGACAGCGAAUCGGUCCCUGGGGAUUGGCCGGGAAGCAGCAGCCUGCCAUCCAUGUCACAACAGUCUAGCAGCUUGUUCGACCCGAUUGAUUUUGGGAAAUCGGUGCUGACCAAUUUAUCCAUGGACGAUGCCUGGCAUUACCUAAAGCCAAAGCUUCUCGUCAUUUUCCAAGGCGAGGAUCUUCGUGUCCCUGUUGAAGACAUUAACCGUAUUGUCAACCUACAUAUUCAAUGGUGCAUUCAUAAGAGGUCACCGAAUAAAAUGCUAGAGGACCUGAGGGAGCUUUUAUCCUCGGGCUUCGCCACCAUGGACAAAACCCUACGAAGAACGCCAGACGAUCGCUUUAUGCCGACUCUGGUAGAGCUGUGGCUCUUUACCUUUACUUCAGUCCUGCCGUAUAUGCAGGCUGCCUUACUGCCUCUUGAUCUAGAGGUAUCAGGCUGUGGCACCAUCAUGACAGCUGAACAAUCUCGCGACUUUUGGGGCGGCGUUGUCACUGCUCCCUCUCCCUCGGCCGGACAGGAAGCACGGGUGUUGCCUGCAGCUGCCGCUCUCGAUGUCAGAAGGCUGGUCUUGACGGCCUACCGAGACGCCGUCAUUCUGCCGCGGUACGAUACUCUUAAAACGAUAUUCUCCCGCCUGUCUCUCGAGUUUCUGCCCUCGGCGUUUGCAAACAUGGCACUCGCCUCCCCUCCUCUGGAACCCAGCCUCUCCGCGUCACCCCCCGAAUCCUUCUUUUCCAUGGCCCGUCCAGGCACGGCCAUGUCUCUCGACCCUUCAGUUGGUUCCUACAACUCUACGAGCACCACUCUGCUCGGAGACGGCUCUGCUGGCAGUCGCAGUCGAGCUGUGAGCAAUGUCAGUCUUGGCAGCAGGGGCAGCGAUGGAGUGAUUCGUCCUUUCACCCCGUCAGGCGCCCUCAGCAGCGUCCGUGAGCAGAAUGUCGAGGAUUCGAAGCAGGUGGCUGACAUGGUGGGCCGGAUGCUCCAGUGCAUGAGCGUGCUCUCGAGCAUCGGGGGCGUGGGCGGAGAUGUCGAUGACGAGGGCAACCGGAAGAUGGUUGAGCUAUGCAAGAUGCUCAAGCUCAACUGGUUGGGCAGAGGGCGGACGGGGCGCAACAGGAUGGGAAUUGUCGGAGGCAGAGUUCGGAGAGAUGAAAUUCGUGAAGAAGUGCGAGUUGCAUAG